AUGAACGAGAUAUAUGUGAGCAAUUUAUCUGAGUCUGUGACGAGCGAAGAGCUGUCGUCCUUUUUCUCGUCGUACUCACCAGUUACAUGCAAAGUGAAUGAAGUUGACGUUACCAAAUAUUUGCAGAAGGGUAAAGUCGAAGUGGAGAGUGUCGAAGAAGUCCAACACAUCCAACAACAAGUGAGUGGUCGAAUCAUCGAAGGGCAUCGGCUUAAAAUAUCGCGCCCAAUUUCAGACAAACUGAGUGAGACGACGUUAAUUGUCACCCAUCUCCCAUCAACAUACACACAAGAACAGUUCGUUGACCUUUUUAAACCUUUCAAAACAACAAGCGUCCUCUUAGACCCUCCCAAACACAAAGCUGGUCAAUCCGCUGGUAAUGCUAAUUUGACUUUUAAUGACAAGGAAAGUGCUCUGAAAGCACUUGAUAUGAACGGAAAAGAAUUAGCCGGCAAAGUCCUCCGCGUCGUCGUCUCCGAUCCAUCCAAGUCUAAUAAAAAGAAGCCUCAAAAUCACCCGAAAAAAACUGAAAGUUCUGAAGACGAACAAAUCCAACCAAAGAAAGAAAGAAAACAUAAGUGCUUUAUAUGUAAAUCUACGGGACAUUUAACUAAAGAAUGCCCAAAUAAAGUGACUGAAAAAAAGACGAAAAAACACCAAAAAAAAGAGUAA